AUGUCCGGCCUGGGCAUAGACUUUGGGCACGAGUCCGAGGCCUACUCUACCGACACGGGCUCUCGUGUCUCUGCCACCUCUUCCACCGCCACCUCAGGCUUCCAUAGUCGCACACGUGCCCACAUGAUCCCCAAAAAGUCGAGCAUGAACAAGAUGCGCGGCAUGCGGCCCAAGACGGCCGAGGAAGACGCGCGGCGUGUGCGCAUCGUCUCUGGUGAGCCUGACGUGCUUGGACACGGAGCAUACACGGACGAGGAUUUCAUGUCGCCAUCGAGUGCCGGGGACGAUAUUAUUGUGCAGCCACACCAGCUUCACAGCCUCAGCGCUGCCGUUGCGGCCAUGGGAGGAUACAGCACAGAUACCGCGACGAGUGGUACUGAGACGGACAGCGACCAGAGCCCGACGCUCACCGAGUCGUCCGUGGCCAGCGGCUCGUCGGGCGCAAGCAGUUCACAGAAGCUUUCUAAGAACAAUAAACAUGCCAGUCAACCUCACGUCAACGUCGUGUCCACGAAGGGUCCAGCGAGAGCCCGUCCUAUCUCGGAGCAACAUCUCACAGCCGGCAGCAGGAUGGUUCAGAAGAGCACGAGCAAUACGAGCCUUGCUUCUGGCUAUCGAUCCGACGGCGCUUCCAGUCUCGGCAGAUCUGCCGAAAUUUCUCGAGGAGCAGGACGACAGCGAGUCAGUAUCCGAGGUGCUGCUGGCCGUCAAGCUGCCCUGCAGACACGGCUGGGACCCAAAGUGCGACCUCAGCCUUUGCCUACCUCGAUCGGCUCGCGAGACGUUCCGUCGGACGGCGAGACCGAAGUCAUGGUCCCGGAUGGCUUUGGUGGUCACACUCGCUCCAAGCAGCCCAGACCUCAGCCACCCACCGAUCGCGCAGCCCCACCUCCCGCCGCACCUUCCCCAUCUCUUCUCGAGCGAAUUGACAUGGGAAGCGACCCGGCUCCCUCGGACAAUCGACCAACAGCAAAGUGGCGUGUGGGAAGCUUUUACGGGCCUGAUGGAUCCGAGACGGGACGAAUCGAUCACGAAAACGGCACCAUCAGUGCAUCUACUUCGCGCGCGCCAGGAUCCGAUGUAGGCCCCAUCGCUAUGCAGGCUCCUCAAAGCUCAAACAAAUCGAGUGUGUCGCUUUCACAAUCUCAAACCUCCAGUCACGGUCCGAAAGCCAACCUCAUGCAGAGUCCUGGCGCCCAGACCGAGGUGCAGGUGCAGAACGAUGGCGAAGCUGUCCAUUUGGAAGGAUCGACCAAGGCAGCGGCGCAGGAGCAGAACAGACGUUCACGUACCUCGCUCGCCAGUGUUUCGAUGCGCAGCAAGCGUGGGUUGCAGGGACUCGAGGAGGCAGAACGAGGCGGUGCGCUGGUGAGCCUCGACAACUACAGCAUGACGUACGACACUGGGCUGCCGAUCCUGCCUCACGAGAUCACGGCGCUCGACCAAGACAGCAUCAUGGGCUCUGUGCGACUCGGUGCCGCCCAGAUCAUGAAGACAACGCUCAGUCAAGGUGGCUUGCCAACGUCUACGUCUAUGUCAAGCCAUCUCAGCGCCUCGCCCACAAAGCCAGGUGGACAUGAUAUCGAAGCAUCCAAGAAUGGCGGCAAAGUGAGAACGCGUCCACGAAGGAGCCUUUCCGAGACCAACGUCACCGCUGCUGCGCUGCUCGAGCGCCAUGGCACGCUUCUUAGCACCAACGCCAACCCGGUGCGCAGGGGCAAGGAGCUGAACCGCUUGCUCGGCAACGCAGACCGCAAGCUGCCAUCCUCCGCGGCAAAACCCAUGUCCAACGAAGCGCAAAUCAAGAACGGGAUCAAGCGUAGCAAUGCAGUUGGACCGAACGUCGCGCCUCCGCCAGCUGCACUCGAGCAGGGCAAAGCCAGCAAGGCGCGCGUCGAGGUGGAUUUGGUGCUCGAAUCUGAUCUCGUUGUUGAGGGGGGUUCGUUGCAAGGAAGGAUGCAGAUCCGCGUGCGCAAGGGCUCAGAGAAGGAAGGAGGCGUCUUUCUGGCUCAGCCCAAGAUUCGCGUCGUUGGCUUUGAGGAGUUGCUCGCAGAUGAUACGCGAUACAUCUUCUACCACCAUGCUUCGGUCAUCGAUGGCGAUCGUUCGAACAACGGCCCGAGCGAGCCGUACUAUCUGCAUGGCUCGCCGACGCUCUCGUCUCCCGAAACAGCUCCCUUCUCCGCCUUGGCGUGCUUUGCCGGUGGACCGGAUGCUGAAGGGUACGCCGAAGGUAAGGUCGGUUCGCACUCGAUCCCGUUCUCCCUCGAGCUACCUGUGUCGAAGGGAGUGAAGGGCAGCUAUCGUGGCAAAAAUGCUGUCGUGCGCUACAUCGUCAUCGGAUCCGUCAAGCUCAAGUCGGCCUCGGGGGCCAACCGAUCCAUCGCGCACUUUUAUCGACACGUCGACCUCUUCCCCUACCUCAAUCCGGCCGUCGUGCUGUCGAGCGCACUCAAGCCGAUCCAAGCGAGCAGUUCCAAGAGUCUCUUCCUGGGCGGUUCUGGAAAGGUGCAUCUCAUGGCCAGUCUACACCGCAACACGUGGGUUGCGGGCCAGCGCGUCUACAUCAACGUUGGCAUCCUGAACGAGACUAGCAAAAAAAUCAACGGGAUGACGCUCGCGCUCAUCCGCACGGUGACGCUGUACAAGCCGCGGCCGGAGCUCAACUUGAAUGGGCAGGCGAUGCAGAGGGAGCUGGAUCCAGAUGCGUGCCAGACGUCGACGACGCGCAAGAAAAUUGCCGAGGAGGAGCUCGAGAUGGGCCAGAAGGGCAGUCGCGGGGUAGUGACGGCACGUGGGUGGUGGACGGGCGUCGAGCCUGGGCAGCGGGUUGAGUCGUCGCACUCCAUGCACAUCCCCGCCGACGCGCUGUCCAUCUCGCGCGGUCGCCACGUCGAGGUCGUGUACAGCAUCAAGGUGUCCAUCGGCAGCUCCCUGUCUUCGGAUGUCUCUGUCGAACUGCCCAUCAAAGUGAUCAACUUUGUCUCGCUCGACCCUCCGCCUCUGAAGAAGGCAAAUACCGCAAAGUUCAGCGUCGACCCCACUCGCAGCUGGGCUCCUGCUCCGGGUAGCGUAUUUAGCGACGCGAAGUCUCCUCCUGGCGCGACUGCGACUGGUGGCGACUCGGACCAGAUGGUCGCUCGGCUCAAAAGCGUCGAUGCAAUGCGCUCGCCGGGCAAGACCGAGAUCUCCCUGCAGAACUACGACCAGCAUCUGCAGGCGGCCCGUCUCCUGUCUCCCGGCGAAGUGGCAGCGGAGCAAACGCGAAGAUUGCAGCAUCAAAAGUCGCUUGAUUUUAUCAACCAUGCCAUUCGCAGUGCCGCUGCUCGACGUGGUGUCGAUGUAACUCCCACCACCAGCUCUUCUGCGCGCACACCUAGCCCCGCUGGGCUCGGAAUUGGAAUGGGUGGCGUUGGCCUGGAACGCGAUUCUGCUUCCGACAGCAAUCACGGACACAGCCCCGGCGGCAUCACAGACGGAACUUCGAGCGCUGACGAAGUUGGAGAGGAAGGAGACGAUACCAAAACUCCCCUGGCUGCAACACAAAACUCUUCAACUGCCGCCCAACCCAUCUUCCCGCCCGGCUGCGAGCCGUACGAGCAGCAUCACCACCAAGCACACCAGGCGCAAUACACCGGGGCAUACUCGCAGCUCCCUGUCACCCUACACCUGCCUGGAAGCAUGCAUCACAUGCAGCAAAUGCAGAUGCAGAUGUACCAGAUGCAGAUGGCCAACCCAUCCUACGUUCAACGCACCAGCUCGAAUUCGGGCGGUGCCAUGCUGCCUAUGCUGCGCAUCAACAACGCCAACGCGGUGUCUCUCGACGAGAUCGGCGAUGACUACGAUGACGACGACGAGGAGGAGGAGGCGCAGCGACAGGCGAACCAGACUCUGGCUUUGAACGACGAGUCGAUGGCCGAGAUGAACAUGGUGAUCGGCUCCGCACGGCUCGACUACGAGGAGUUUGGACAAUUUGACGACAGUUUGCAGGCCAACGAUGUCUUGGAGCAUGCCGAAGAGCAACUGCCGAUUCUGGGACAGGUGAAGGAGCGUGACGGCACCGCAGAAGCGGAAGGAUGGUCGCUCCGCCGUCGAAGGUCAGUCGAAGAUGGAGGGGACGAGGCGGGCGCUGAUCGCAGUAUGGGUCGGGAAGAGGCGGACGAUGUUGCUGAGGUGUCUACGAUCAUGCAGGCCGUCAGCAUCGCUCCCGGUGCUGACGACGCGCAAGUGGUAGGAAACAGAGCUCCUCCUCCCUCCGCCGCUUCCGCGUCGUCCUCGACCGUUUCGCCGGUCGCUGCCAUCCAUCGUCCAAUGCCGCCUCCGCACAUUCCUAUGCGUGACGAUUCACGCUCCUCAUCCACGCAUGAUGCUCCGCACGUCAGCAACGUCACUCGACCUCUCAAAAUCACCAAGGACCUCACCGCCAGCAGUAGCAACGCUACAGUCACUUUGCUCCCACAGCAAGUGAUCCGAGCCAAAGUCUCCACGGAACAGCUCGCCAAACGCUCUUCGACGGGCACGGUGGUUCCUUUCGCCUCCAAAGCGUCACGUGUGGAAGGCGGUGUUGCGCAACAGGCGUUGAGCGCAGCGAACCUGAAGCGGCAUUCGGACAAUCUGACGUACCGCCAACAGCAGCAGCAGCAACAGGCGGUGGUGCAGAGUCGUCAUCGAUCGACGCAUUCCGUUUCGGGGCUGAAGCCGCUGAUCCUGAAGUCGAGGGCGACGACGGGCUCUUCGGUGGGUUCAAGGACGCCGGACACUGCGAUGGCUUCGCCGAAGGAUGGAGAGGCAGGAAUGGGGUCACCGGGUAGCGUGGCGAGCGGUGUGCCUGAGAUAGGCCAAGUUCAGGCAGCACGUGCAGGGUCGAAGGAGGCGGUGGAGAGCGAGGCAGAGGUAACACCACACAGGGGACUGCCUCGAUCGUCGACGCUGCAGUCACUUUCCAGAGCAGCGCCGGCAUUGCGCCAUUCCGAUAGCACGUCGUCGCUCGUCAGCGACACGUCGACCGUCGAACCCGCCGGAGCGCUCUCCCGCUCCCAUUCAACUCACAAUCUUCGUGGAGCUGCGAUCAUGGUCCCCUCGGUACGCAACAAAAUCGCGAUGCUCGAAAGUCGAAGUGCGGCGUUGCGCGAGUUUACGGGUACCGCCGCCUUGAGCGCCGUAAGCAGUCCAGUAGCAAGCCCAAUCAAAGCCUCCGCUUCGACGGGCAAAGUAGCUCAGCUGGCCGAGAGAGCGGAGAGGGCGAGCAGCUUGACGCCGUCAACUUCGGGCAGGUUGGGCAGGAAGAGCAGCUGGAUGUCGACGACCGAGUCCGAGGAUGGCGCUGGCUCGGUGGUGAGCUCGGUCAUGACGGUGCCGGAGUAUAUGAAGAGUGCCGGAAAUGGGAUGGCGAGCUUCAAUGCUCCUGUCCUUCGCAACUUUUGA